GGUUGCUCCAGAGAGCCUUGGGCCAGAAACUCGUCACCAUGAAACACAUCACCGUGGUCCUGAUGUGCCUGCUGCUGACUGCGAUGUGGCUACAGGAUGUGGACAGCAAGAGCAUGCACGUGUCUUCCUCUUCCUGCUGUUUCAACGGUAUGAAGAAAAAGCCUCCUCUGAAGUCAAUCCAGUGCUACAAAGAGAUCAGCUCCACCUGCCGUGACCCAGCUGUGAUAUUCAAGAUGAAGAAGGGCAGAGAAAGCUGUGCCUUGGAAACAACCCUGUGGGUUCAGGAUUACCUGAAGAAGGUGGGACCCUGCCGCCUGAAAUGAAGAUAGGCUCUACCUUCCCACCCCAGCC